CGAUUAUCUAAUCAAUCUCCCUUUUUACAGCUGCUAUUGCAUCUUGGCUUUCUUCUUUCUUCCCCGCAUACACCAAAACAUCUCAGCUGAUCAUAGCGCAACACAAAGAUGCUAUUGUGGAUACUAGCGAUCGGUAUUCCCAUUGCAGGUCUAUUCUUCUUUGCAAGAUCAAAGGUAAAGAAAGAUCCUCGCAAUCAGGCAUACGAUCCAAAGACAGGGCUGGGUAGAGGAGCACCAGGAUUUCAAACAAACAUCAAACGAAUCGCAGUUCCACCAGAAAUCAUUGCAAGGAUACGAGCAGGUGAAGAAGUAAGCGCAGAAGAAAUCACUCGAGCACAAGAAAAGAUGCAAAGAGAAGAAGCAAAAGCAGCAGCGGCGGCAGAAGCGGCUGAAUCACCAUCAAAGAAGAAAAAGAAAGGAGGGAAGAAAUGAGAAUGCCAUACAAACACGCAAAUGAUUGUACGAUUUUGCUCAUCGAAUAGUGUAAUUUGCAUACUUGAAGCCUAGACUUUGACAACUGAUCGGGACCUUCUUCUGCGCUAGUGAUGCUUAGCGUGAAUGCUAUCAUUUGCCAAGAUUAUCAUGAUCACCAUCAGGAGGGAUUCCCAUUGAUCGAUUGAUUCCAGAAAAGCAAGUCUUGUUUGCAAUGAUACUGUGCAUAUAUUCUUAGCGAAGUGUUGUUGCGUUUGUUGUAUUCUUUACGCGUGCCUGCACUAAAGAAAUGAUUUAUCCCAAUGGACAUGCACGCAC